GAAGGCUACACGGGGGGGGGGACACCUUUGUCUUUGUGCGCAGGGUGGAACGCGGCCACCGCUUCAGCAACUGGGCGCGAACCUUCACGUGUCGCCCAGAGCUCUUCUUCACGCCCAGCAGCGAGGGCCGAGAUCCGAGACGUGCUGGCCCAGGCGCGUGGUGCCGGGCGCCACGUGAAGGUGGUUGGGCUGGGCACUCCCCCCUCUGACAUCGCCUGCACCGAGGACUUCAUGGUCAGCCUGGAGCGCUUCAACAGGGUGCUGCAGGUGGACCAAGAGUCUCGGCGCGUCACCGUCCAGGCCGGUGCGAUGCUGAGUGAUCUGAACGAGGAACUCGCCAAACACGGACUAGCCCUCUCCAAUAUCGGGGCGGUGUCUGACGUCACGGUGGGCGGGGUGAUUGGCACCGGGACCCACAACACGGGGGCAGCGCACGGCAUCCUCCCCACUCAGGUCUGUGCGCUGUCUCUGAUGCUGGCGUCGGGCGAGGUGGUGAGCGUGAGCGCGGAGUCGAACCGGGACCUGCUGAGUGCGGUGCGCGUGCACCUGGGCGCGCUCGGCGUGGUGCUCACCGUCUCGCUGCAGUGCGUGGCCGCGUUCCGCCUCGCCCAGCGCACCUUCCCCAGCACGCUGGCCGAGGUGCUGGGUGAGCUGGACACUCACCUGUCGCGCUCCGAGUUCUUCAAGUUCUUCUGGUUCCCCUACACCGACCACGUGACCGUGUUCUACAUCGACCGCACCGACCAGCCCAUCAAGAAUCCCCGCAGCUGGUUCUGGGACCGUUUGGUCGGUUACUACCUGUUCGAGUUCCUGCUGUGGCUCAGCGUCCUCGUGCCGCGCCUCGUGCCGUGGAUCAACCGCGUGGCGUUCCGUGCGCUCUUCUCGGGGCGCACGGAGCGCGUGGACCGCAGCGACCGCAUUUUCAACUUCGACUGCCUCUUCCUGCAGCACGUGCAGGACUGGGCCCUGCCCCGCGAGCGAGCCGGCUGGGCGCUCACCCAGCUGUCGCGUUGGGUGCAGGCGACGCCGAGCGUCCCCGCCCACGUCCCCGUCGAGGUCCGCUUCGCGCGCGCCGAUGACAUCCUGAUGAGCCCCUGUAGCGGGCGAGACUCGUGCUACAUCAACAUCAUCACCUACAGGCCCUAUAACCGCGAGGCCGAGCGUGAUGCGUACUGGGCGGCCUACGAGGACAUCAUGCGCCGGGCAGGGGGGCGCCCCCACUGGGCUAAGGCGCAUGGAUGCACCGCAGAGGAUCUGUCACGCAUGUACCCGGGCCUAGAGGAAUUCGCUCGACUCCGCUCCCGCCUGGAUCCCCACGGCCUCUUCCUCAACCCGUACCUGCAGCGCGUGUUCACGGGGGCGGGGGAGGAAGAGGGCGAGCAGAGGGACGCGCGGGAAGGAAGGCAACCUGCCCACUGAUCCUAGUCUCAUAGUAACCCACCGAUCACUCUCCCCUCUCUCUGAUCCCACCCUCCCACUGAUCCCACCCUCACACGGAUGCCACCCGCACACGGAUCAGAAUCGGAAUCUUCAUUGAGACUGGAGGAAUCCGACAAACUAUAAAGCUCUUUUUCACAGAUGUCCAGUAGGUACGAGUGGUAAAAUGACAAUGAGUCGAGGAAUAGUGCACAGCAGUAGAUGACUUUUCUCCAGGUCACUGAAGAGACAUAGUAGUGGUUUUGUUGGGUUAGAUCGCGUAAAUAUAUAAAUGUUGUGUCGUUAAAACCCGCCACCACCCGACACAGCCAACUAGUAAGGGUUGUCGCGUAAAGAGAACGUGGCCAAUUCGUCACUAGUACAGCACCACCGGUGUGUUGGAGAGCCAAGCCACAACAUUUACAAUCUGAGUCCGACGUUUCGCCAGUAAUUACAACUAGCUUCAUCAAGCGACAGCCAGAUUUGUAGUUCAUGUACCUUCGGUAAGUGAGAGAUUGAAAAUGAGGGCGAGGGGUUUAUAGACGAGAUCUGCCAUAUCUACAAGUGGAAACGCAAGCAGCUCGUCUCCUCCCGCAGACGACGAUGUCUCCAUUGAUGCGAGCUUACGCAGUAGGUCCAGUUCAGAUAUGGGACGAAACGAGAAGUAGAGACGAUGACACUUUCACUCACGUUUUUUUUUUUGUCAGAGGAAGAUGUGAGAGAUGUGAACAGCGGUGGUGUUUUGUUAAAGAUAUAUAUCCUGCUGAUCCAAAUCGAGAAUUAAAUCCAUUGACCUAUGGACAAUGGUCCCAAGCUCACACUGAUCUGAUUAAGGCCCUGGCUUCCCUCAAUAAAAAAAUAAAU